UUCAAUAUUUCCAUUCUCACUUUAACUUUUUCACUACAUUUUUGCCGGUCAAAUGUUGUUUUCUCCUGCCAAUUAAGACAAAGUUAUUGAUAAGUAAAACAAUUACUAUACAUUAUUGUUAUUAAUAAGGUGACGGUGUGAAAUAUUCACUAAACACCAUAUCUGUGCAAACACAUAUAUAUCUCCUUCACGAGUCACAAACCUAGCUAGCUAAUUAAGCUAAAGGGGCAACAUAUAAAAACUAUGGGUGAAGAAAAACACUAUUGUGAUUAUUGUUAUUUUUAUUUCUCAAGGAAUUUUGUUUUCCUUGUCUCUGCUUUAAUGUUGCUAUUUCCCUGUGAUGCUUUGGAAUUUGAUGUUGGUGGCUCCGACGGGUGGGUUUUAAACCCAUCUGAAAGUUAUGACCAUUGGGCUAAUCGUAUGAGAUUUCAAGUUAAUGACUCUCUAGUAUUCAGGUAUGAUGAAGGACAGGAUACUGUAUUGGAGGUGAAGGGGCAGGAUGAUUAUGAAAAAUGUAAUACCCAAAACCCCAUCAAAAAAAUGGACGAUGGAAAUUCAGUUUUCAAGUUGGACAGAUCAGGUCCUUUUUACUUCAUUUCUGGGAAUCAAGAAUGUUGCCUCAAAGGACAAAAAGUUACUGUUGUUGUUCUCACCACGAGAAACGAAAACAGUACCCUGCCACCCAAGGGCUGUC